GGAAACUGUCUCCUCUGUAAAGCUUCUUGGUGGGACUGAAGCUUGUGUCGUAACUUUUCUCCUCAGACUCGACAGAAUCUCACCUCUCUCUGUUCAGGGCUGAAGGGAGGAGAGACCCUGAUGAUGAAGUGACGUUGGGCGUGAACCGCUCCAGAGUUCUUCGCCCACACCAGAUCUUUGGUGGCUUAGUCAAGAUGUGAGCGGAUGAUUUCUUUUGUUUGACACUGUGGACUUCCUGAUUUUGGGGUUUUCUUUUCUUUUUCAAGCGCAUUUCCCCCCCUUCCCAUCCCAUGCGUUGUGGGACCAAUGGUUGAUUUUAAGGUGUAUUUACUCUGAUCUGGAUACGUUACGGAAGCCUGAUGAAGAAUAAGGCUGCCAAGCUGAAGUCCAAAAGGAAAGGAACUGAAAAUGCGUUCGGCUGUGACUUGACUGAACAUCUGCAGAAUUCAGGACAAGACGUUCCUCACGUCCUGAAGACUUGUGCAGACUUCAUCGAGAAACAUGGGAUUGUGGAUGGGAUCUACAGACUCUCAGGAAUCACAUCUAACAUUCAAAGACUCAGACAGGAGUUUUGCUCUGAACUCUGUCCUGACCUCACUAAAGAAGUGUAUCUUCAGGAUAUCCACUGCGUUGGCUCUUUAUGUAAGCUGUACUUCAGAGAGCUUCCCAUCCCUCUCCUCACUUAUGAACUCUACAAGAAAUUUACAGCUGCAAUGUCAGUUAAAGAGGAGCAGGAGCAGCUCCGAAACAUCAGGAGUGCCAUACACGAACUUCCCGUUUCACACUUCAGAACUCUGGAAUACCUCACCAAACAUCUGGCACAUUUAGCUACCCUCAGUCACCAAACCAACAUGCAUGCUCGCAAUCUUGCCCUGGUGUGGGCUCCGAAUCUACUCCGCUCCAAGGAAGUGGAGGUGCCCUCCUGCAAUGGUGAUAUAGCGUUUCAGGAGGUGCGGAUCCAGCAGUCAGUUGUAGAGUUCAUUCUCAACCACACUCAGCAAAUCUUCAACCAGGACCUUCAGCCCUCCAAGUCCAGAGAAGGCCCUAGCAUGACCUGUGGGGAGAAGUACGCCACCUUGCCCGCCAGCACACAGUGCGGUCCCAUGAAGCUCAUGAGUCUUGAGGAAGCACAGGCUCGCUCUCUCAGUCCCAACCAUCCAGCAAUGAGAGAGAGGCAAAGAGAGAACAGCCUUCCAGAUACCAGCACUGCGGCAAUGUAUCAUACAGUAAUAGAUCUGUCUGACAGCAGAAGAAAAUUCUCAGGAAAAUCUAAGAAGUGGAAGUCCAUCUUCAGUCUCGGACGAUCGGUCAUCGACUCCAAAGGGAAACUGAGUCGCAAUGGGAGUGUCUUUAUGAGAGGCCAAAAUUCCUCAGAAAAAACUGCUAUACGGCCAUCCAAAAGCAUGGAUUCUCUCUGUUCUUUUCCAGCAGCAGAUGAGGACAAAGUACCAACAGAAGGAAGCAAUGGCAUCUUCGUCCCAGUUCUUAAAUCCCGGACCCUGGGCUCAGAUAUCGACUACAACCCGAACAAAAAAGAUCAAAAUUCGGACUUAGAUCCUCAUAAUGCUUCAGGAGGAUGUCUGAGUGAGAAAAGAGAAGGAGCAUCAAAUGCCUCUUCUUCAUCACCAUCUUUAUCCCCACUGCAGAAAACUCUUCCAGAACAGCUGAAAGUUUUCAAAGGUGACGACCGCGGCGGCUGCCAGCCCACAUCUCCUAAAAACCGUCGGAUGUUGUAUUCUGGAUCUGCCAAUAAUGGAUCAUCUAGACCGUCUUUUCCAGGCAGCCUGUUUCCGCUGGAGUCUUCACCGCGGCACCAGCGGAAGGCCCUCAACAUCUCGGAGCCGUUUGCAGUGUCUGUACCUUUACGCGUGUCUGCGGUUAUUAACUCUAACAGCACCCCCUGCAGGGCACCUGGCAAAGAACGGGACAAGGGUUUAGGGGGACUCUUUAAGCCUCCAAAGGAGGCCGGACCUCUGGAAGCCCAUCGGAGGGAAAGUAUUGGCACUGCUGGAUUCCCUGUCCACAUCAGUGGCAGCAGUGGGAACUUUACGUUCACAGACUGGGAGACUGGACUAGCCGCUCACACCAACAGUACUGGGUACCGAGAGCACCCGCUCAGUGACAGCAGUGGAGGCAGCGGAUGCAGUAUCUAUAGCAACAGCAGCUCUUUCCCCAUGGAGAAAGAGGAUCAGACAGGGGAAAGAGAUAUUACAGAUCCCAUCACUCUGGGGACAACAAAGAGAAAUGAUACAGAAGUGAGAGAGCUGAUAGCCAGUGUGGAGAAUUUUGAACCUCAGGUGUCAUCUGAGACUAAAGCAAUAGGGGAAGAACUGGAAACUACAUCAACACAACAAGAAAUAACAAAAUUGGACAAACUGGAAGUACUCAACGAGGUGUCAUCGUCUGACGUGCAUCAGAAAGUUUUAGUCACCGAGGCUAAAACAAAUAUGCUAGAUGAACAAGUGAAGUCCAGCUUCACCAAAAUGACUGGAAACGAGGACAGUCUCAAGCUAAGUGGUCAAACACGGAGAAGAAGUAGUUUGCCCACAAAUACUGCAUCAUCAAAGGGACUCUUUAUAGACCUUACCAAAAACGUAAUGUUUGAUCAUCCUGGUGCUACUACGUUUAAUUCUGUCAUGAAGCAUUUGCCUGAAAGAUUGUUGUCAUGUGAUGGUGGCUGGAAUUACUUGGAUAAUAAUGUUGACAGGACAGACCACAAGAGACUAGAGUCACAAAACAUAAUAACAACCAGUCUACAACUUUCCCCAUUUCUCCACCUAAAGGAAACAGAUAUUCUCCAAGAUGCAGAGCCAUGCAGUGAAGAGGAACUAAGAACAGAUCCUGUCGAGAAAGACAACACUUCCAAAAGUGACUUGAGAGAUCAUUCAAGCAGUUAUGUAAAAUCAGACAUUCAGACUGCUCUUCACUCUGACACAAAAGAAUCAUUAGUAACAAAGAAUAUUUGUGAAAAAGGAAAUAAGGAGGUUAUUGAUGAACCCAGGAAACUUGACUUAGCAGGAAGAAUCAAGGGAAGUUUAGAAAGACUCUCAACUUGUCUGAACGAACAGCAUUUCACAUUGGAAAUUUUGCACCAAGAUGACGUAGACACAUGGGGAGGUAAUUUGGAUCAGGUUGAACCAUGGGAAGACUUGUGUUCUGCCAAGCAGUGGGUGACAAGCCCUCUCCACUCCCCAACACUUGAGGAUCUCUUACCUAUGCCAAAAGAGACUAUGCCAUGUCAUGCAAUUCACAGCCAAAUUCUUGAUAAGCCAAAAGUGGACGAGUUGCCCAACAGCAAGAAGGAUGAAGCUAAAGAACCAACUGUGCUUAUUGACAUUACAUCAUCUCAAACAGAGGCUGCUCUAACAUCCUGUAAACUUGUAAACCCAACGGGAAACAAAAAUGCAGACACAGAUGUAGCUUGCUCUGCACAGGUAACAGCGCAUUUUGAUAACCGCAAGUGGAUGGGAGACAAAGAUGACAAACUUGAGGUUCCACAGGUCAAGAUAUUGAAGACAUUAACUGAUUCAGACGAGACCACUGAACUGCAAGACUUGAGCAAAGCAAAACAGAAGCGCUCUUCUCCCUCUCAGAGAUUUCACCGACAGACAUCCCACGAGUUCUGCAUUGUGGAGAGAAGUCAAGAAAACAUUAAACCUAAACUCAGGCCAUGCUCCCUAAACCUUGAUUUAGGACACCAAGGUUUCCGAGACAUCUCAAAUAGUCAGUAUCUGAAAGGUGCAAAGCAAUCAAUUGCACAGGAAUGGGUGACACAUGAAGCCAAGCAUGGAAGCACAUCUCUAGAGUUGGAGCUAUUCCUGAGUGGCUCCAAGGCACCUAUGCGACGCAACUCUGCACCAGUCAGCGUGUCAUCAGUUCGCACUGCAUUCAUGAUCAAAACCUGCCAAGCAAAAGCUGUUCCUGUUAUUCCACCAAAGGUUCAGUACAGCCACAUACCUCAUGCCCUACUUGAGGGGAGCACUGAUCAAGUCAGUAAGAGUACACCUGAAAAGAAACCUGCCAAGAGCAAGUUGGGAAAAGCAGGUUCUGCACUUCCCCUCCAGAAAGUCAAAGACCACAGGGAGGAGCUGCCAAGCAGUGAACCACCAUCAGGGGUUCAUAGACAGAAGCCCACGAACAAUGCGACAUGCAAUGAGAAUUUCAAACCAACAUCCAUUCCCGAUCUUCCAGUGUUGAGAAGGAAGCGAUCUGCAAAUGGGGACACCUUUAUGGAUCGUCCUAGACCUGAUCGCUCAACUCUUCUUCAGAGAUCGUCCUUUAGAAAUCGCCCAAGACCUCAAAGUCUCAUCCUGUUUAGCCCCCCUUUUCCAAUCAUGGACUACCCUCCGGUAGGGCAAGAUGGUAAACUAGUCCUGUCUCCCAUUAAAGCUGAAGCCUCACCGUUUGACGUCUAUGCAAAAGAACUAGCUGAAAACCUCAAAACUCCUGAGGGGGUAACCUUGCGUAAUAAAAUGACUUUGCCAAAGAGUGGACAAAGGCUUGAGACCUCAACCAGUUGCUUUUACCAGCCACAAAGGAGGUCAAUGAUAUUUGACAACAGAAGUAAUAGGCAAAUUGAGUGAGAAAAGACUGACUUGUUACUGGCCAUCAUGUGAUAACUAGCAAACUUCCAGCUUAUCAAAUGUGCCCCAGUCUCAGUAUACCCUAUAGAUGUUUGGAAAUCAAGGUGCCGUUAAUCUUGAUAAUCAGAAUUGUAAGUAUUAAGCUUUGUGUAAAAUGAUGCUGCUGCUAAGGAUUUAUAUCAGAGAUUUUUUUUCUAUCUUUGCAAGAAAAACUGAAACAUGCUUAAGGAUAAACCUGGGAAACUUAGCAUGCUCCUACUGUAUAUGUAAAUACAAAUUGUACAAGCACAUCUCAGUUUAAAUCGACUCAAUUCCCUUCCUGUGGAGCUGAAGGUCUUUGUGUCUGUUGUUACUUUAUCAUGAUUGGAUCAUAUUAUGUUUACAGUUGGAGCAUUUAUAAAUUAUCUACAUGAUGAAAUUAGGUGUUCAACAUGCCAGCCAAUGAGAAAAUAAAACUGUUAAAAUACUUGACAAAACAUCAACAAAAAAACAAACAUUUAUUUAUUCAAUAAUCUUGUUUUGCCAUACAAAACUGUACUCUAAAGAGUAAAAAUCACUUUGUACAAAUUUUUGGGGUAAAAGUCCAAUGAUUUGAAGAUAAAUGUUAAAAGGUCAAUGUUCUUGAAUAAUUCAAACAUUGCCUCUAGCUGUGUUCUCUUCUCUAGUGGAUAUAGUAGAUGCAGUUUUUUAAUAUUUUCAAAUCUCCUGAUUACUUGGUUAACUGAUAUGUAUGAAACAAAUAUGGUGAGUUUUCAAAAAAUAAGAUUAUAAAGAAACUGUCCGAAUUUUAUAUAAACCAUAGAGCAAAGAAGUUUUGGUUCAAGUAUGAGAGGAAGUUUAAGGACGAGAGAUCAUGAUGGUGAUGUUGUCAGUUAUUGUAACCAAAGAACACUAACCUUGUAAUAUGUUCUUUUUGUAUUCAGUCACAUUGGAUAUUGUAUGUAUUCCAUUCUAAACAAAAUAAUAAAAGUACUUCACAUGUAA